AUGUCGGCGUCUACAGUUGCUCCUCCCGCCGCCAACACCUCGAAGCGUGACUACCUGAUCCAGCUCGAGCACGACGCGCAGAAGCGAUGGCAGCACGAGAAACAGUUCGAGACCGACAGUCCCUUCACCGACGGCACGCUCAAAGUACCCGAUGGCACCGACGUCGACUUUGUCAAGCUGGCUCAGGAAGCGAGGAAGGAGCGACCCAAGUGGAUGGGCACCUUCCCUUACCCCGUAAGUCAUGCCGCUGGUCAAGUGGAGCCCCUGAGCAGCCCCUGCCAGCCGGCGAGCGGGUCACCAGUCAGAAUGAGCUGACCCUCUCGCAACCGCACAGUACAUGAACGGCUCGCUCCAUCUUGGUCAUGCCUUCACCAUCUCCAAGAUCGAGUUUGCCGCCGGAUUCGAGCGAAUGCGCGGCAAAAGGGUUCUUUGGCCGGUCGGAUUUCACUGCGUGGGUGUCGCCGAAGCCGUAGCAGGUCUCUCGAGUCAGUCUUCUCGAAGGGCUGACUUCGGGCUCUGGUGAUUUCCACAGACGGGCAUGCCGAUCAAAUCUGCCGCCGACAAGAUCAUCCGAGAAAUGGAAAUGUUUGGCCCCACUUUUGAGGGCUACAAGGACCCUUCGACCGUCGACGAAGCCGGUGUGAGCACUACACAGCCGGCUCAUCGCUUGUCACGCUCAGCGACUGAUGGUCUUUUCCAACGCAAAGCAGGUCGAACCCCCAGCACCCAUCAACGGUGCCGCCGCCGCGGCCGUCGUCUCGUCCGACCCGUCAAAGGCAAAGAAGGGCAAGCUCGCCGCCAAGUCGACCGGCCUCACCUAUCAGUUUCAAAUCAUGCGAUCGAUCGGCGUACCCCUCGAGGAGAUCCAAAAGUUUGCCGACCCGCAAUACUGGCUCACCUACUUCCCUCCCAUCGCCCAAGCCGAUAUCACAGACCUAGGUGGUCGUGUCGAUUGGCGACGAUCCUUCAUCACGACCCCGGCGAACCCAUACUAUGACUCGUUCGUCAGGUGGCAGAUGAACAAGCUCAAGGCGCUUGGUUACAUCAGUGCGUUCGAAACUGUGGGUGUCCACCGAUCUAUCUCACCGCUGACAGAUCUUUCAUCGUCAACAGAAUUCGGCAAGCGUUACACCAUCUUCUCGCCCAAGGAUGGCCAACCCUGCAUGGACCACGACCGACAGUCCGGAGAAGGUGUCGGACCCCAAGAGUACACGGGUCUUAAGAUGCCCGUCACAACCUUUGGCGAACGUGCCCAGCGUGUCAAGGAACUCGCGGCCGGUCGCAAGGUUGUGCUCGUCGCAGCCACGCUCCGGCCCGAGACGAUGUACGGUCAGACAUCGUGCUUCGUUGGCCCUACGAUCGAGUACGGUCUCUACCCGUCCUCUUCCACCAAGGGCUCAGACGAAGAGGUCCUCUACCUCGUCUCGAGGCGAGCGGCGAGGAAUAUGGCUUACCAGGGCCUGCUCAAGGUCGAGGACUCGUUCGAUGAUGCGACGGCGUGCGUCGGCAAGCUCCAAGGUUCCGAGAUGAUCGGGACCAAGGUCGCUGCCCCCAAUGCGAUCCACGGCGAGGUUUACGUUUUGCCGAUGGAGACAGUGUCGGCAACCAAAGGAACAGCCGUUGUGUCCUGCGUUCCCUCGGACUCGCCCGACGAUUGGAUCACCCAGCUCGAUCUGCAAAAGAAGGCCGAGUACUACAAGAUCGACCCUGCAUGGGCUUCGCUUGAACCCGUUUCCGUCCUGUCAACGCCCACGUAUGGUGACUUGACGGCUAAGGCGCUUGUUGAGAAGCUUCGCAUCCAGUCGCCCAAGGACACGAAGCAGCUCGCCGAGGCCAAGGAGAUCGCCUACAAGGAAGGCUUUUACCAGGGCACGAUGGUCGUCGGACCCUUCAAGGGCUCCAAGGUCGAGGACGCCAAGACCAAGGUCCGCGACGACAUGAUCGAGCGAGGUCUCGCUUUCGCCUACUCGGAACCCGAGAACCUCGUUAUGAGUCGUUCGGCUGACGAGUGCAUCGUCGCGCUGUGCGACCAGUGGUAUCUCGAUUACGGAGAGCCAGGAUGGCUCAAGAAGGCCGAGAAGCUCUUGUCGCGCAUGAACACGUACAACAGCGAGACGAGGCACAGCUUUGAGAGGACACUGGGGUGGCUGCGUCAAUGGGCCUGCGCGAGGUCGUACGGUCUAGGCUCCAGGCUCCCUUGGGACCCGCAAUUCCUCGUCGAGUCGCUGUCGGAUUCGACCAUCUACAUGGCUUACUACACCAUCGCCCACUUGCUCCACGGCCCUCCCAUCGACGGUAGCGUCGUCGGGCCCCUGGGCAUCACGGCCGAGCAGAUGACCGACCAGAUGUGGGACUACAUCUACGCAAACGGUACCCUGCCGGCCGAUGCACCGAUCCCGACCGAAAAGCUCAACAUUCUCAAAGCCGAGUUCUCUUACUUUUACCCAAUGGACAUCCGAUCCUCGGGUAAGGAUUUGAUCCCGAACCACCUCUCCUUCUGCAUCUACGUCCACUCGGCCCUCUUUGCCGAAGAGAACUGGCCCCUGUCGAUGCGCGCCAACGGUCACUUGAUGUUGAACGGCGAAAAGAUGUCCAAGUCGACGGGUAAUUCGUUGACGCUCCGCGACGCCUUGCUCAAAUUCGGUGCCGAUGCAACCCGUCUCACCCUCGCCGAUGCAGGUGAUUCGAUCGAGGACGCGAACUUUGAGGAAGCGACCGCGAACGCAGCCAUCUUGCGCUUGAAGACGCUGACCGAUUGGUCCGAGGAGUCGAUCAAAAUGGGCGAGAACAUUCGCGAGAGCUCGUCCGAGGAGUCGAUUUGGGACAAGAUCUUUGCGAAUGAGAUCAACGAGGCGAUCGAAUUGACCCUCGAGGCUUAUGAGAAGUGAGGGUUGGCUCAUCAAGAUGCGAUUUGGAUCAGUACGAGAAUGACUGACAUUCCUCCUUCCCUUUCUCACUCACCAGAUCGCUCUACAAGGAGGCGUUGAAGUACGGCUUCUACCAACUCCUCGCCGCCCGCGAUAGCUACCGUGACGCGACCGCCGGUGAAGGUGGCAUGCGCCGUGACCUCAUCGAGCGCUUCGUCCGCGUCCAGGCCUUGCUUAUCACGCCGAUCGCCCCCCACGUCGCCGAACACCUGUGGUCCACGAUCUGCGGGGAGAAAAAGUCGAUCCAAGAGGCACAAUGGCCCGAAAUGACCGGCCCCGUCGAUCGCAUCGUCCUCGACUCGGCCGUCUACAUCCGUUCAACCCUGAAGGAGAUUCGCGAUGCCGAACUCGGUUUUGCCAAGAAGAAGGCCAAAGGUAAGGGCACAGGUUCCUACGACCCGACCAAGCCCAAGGCCGUUAAGGUCUGGGUCGCCAAAGGGUACCCGGAAUGGCAGGACAGCGCCGUCGCUUUGGUUCGCGAAGCGUUCAACGACGCGACCAACACCGUCGACGAACAAAAAUUGAGGGCGCUCUUGACCGAGAAGGGUCUGGCCAAAGACAAGAAGGUGAACCCCUUCAUCGCCAUCUUCAAGAAGAAGAUCGCGCAGUUCGGCCCCGAGAUCGCGUUCAACCGCCAGGUCCUGUACGACGAAAAGGCUGUGCUCGAUCGUGCGAUGGCCUACAUCAAGCGACAGCUCGGUAUGGACAAGAUCGACGUCGUCGCCAUCACCGAGAUCAAGGAAGACGAACCAGGAAUGGUCGCGCCGAUCGUUGAGGCUGCUGAACCGGGCAAACCUGGCAUCGUCUUCUACAACGUCGAGGCCUAA